UGGGAAGGAGGAAGUAAAAAGCAGUAUUCUCACACGAAAUUCGAAACCAAAACCACCAUCCAGCAAGAGUCAGCAAGUUGGAACUUCUUGUCCAAACUCCAAAACCACACUUCUUGUCUCCUAUAAAUCUUCCUAUCUUUAUCUCAUCCGCCUCAGUUUUCUCUUAACUCUCUCUCUCAGUUUCUAUCUUCCUCUCUCUACGGACGAUGCCACAAGUGGAUCUCGAAACUCUAGUUUCAGCCUGCGCCGGCGUCUCUUGCGACCGCAAAAUCGCCUGUGAGACCUUGGCCGAUACCAACACCUCCACCAACAACAACGACGAUCAACACCACCAGCCUCAAGAAUCUGAGACUGAUCCACCAGAAAUCCCGCCGGAUUUCCCGCCUGAAUCUUUUUGGCUUUCCAAGGACGCCGAAUUCGACUGGUUCGAUCGCAACGCAUUCAUUGAGCGCAAGGACUCCACCAAAGUAAACUCUCAUUCCACGAACUUGAAUCCCAAUGUUAACCACCAGUCAAAUUCUCAGAGAUUUUCUAACUUGAAAUCCAAAGCCUCCAUUAUUGGUUUGCCAAAGCCACAGAAGUCUUGCUUCGUGGAUGCUAGGCGCCACUGUAAACCAGGAAACACGCGGUUGUUUCCCAAACGGUCUGCUUCCACCAGUAAAUCAGAUUCGUCUUUGAUUGAGCCGUCUUCGCCUAAGGUCUCUUGUAUGGGAAGAGUGAGAUCAAAGAAAGACCGAAAUCGGAGACUAAGGAAUCGGCAACGAUCUAACGAAACCGAGACUAAAAGGGAAAAACCGGAAAGGAAGCAAAAGGGGGGAUUCUUUGCCAGUUUUCGGGCCAUAUUCAGUGCAACUAGGAAGCAAAAGGUGAAGAGUGGAAAAGAUGCAUCACAAAGAGGAUCUCUGUCAAGAAAGAGCUCGACGAAGAAGAAGAUUGACAUCAGGGACCGGCUACCACCGGUCGAGAGAGAUGCGCCGCCAAGAACGAGCGUAGGAAGUGACGGCUAUGAACCGGCGGUGGGGGCUGAACCGAUUGGUUUGGGUGGAAUGAAGCGGUUUGCGUCAGGCAGGAAAUCGGAGUCGUGGAUAGACUGAGUCGUCGACGAACUAUUUCGUGUGGCGGGGGAAAGCUAAGAGGAGAGAAAAUCUGUUUGCCUUCGUGAUUGGGAAUACAUGGGGCCCGCUCACGUUUAAAUGGUUGUUGGGAUGACGUGGCACGUUGAAAUAACGGUAUCCUCUUAAGCGCGGUAACUACAGUUAUCCCUCGUUUUAAUUUUGUUUUCAAUUUUUUGGGUGUAUGAUUUAAGAUUUUUCAGCCUUUUUUUUAAUAUUGUUUUCGAAAGUCGAGCAAUUGGGGCUUGUAAAUAUACGCUUGUAAAUUUUUCUUAUAAUAAUAUACCUAGUAAAAGGUAAAUGAAGUGUUCUGCUCA